AAAGAGUUUAAUAUUAAUGGAAUCUUUACGUACAAUCGAGCUUGAAGUCCACAAGCAAGAAAAAUUAUUUUACAUUAGCUACAGAGGAGUUCUGAGCAGACCUCUGGGCUACUCCAUGAAGAAGCUCUACGAAGGCCAAUGCGGCAUGAGGAGUAAGAAGGAGAUCCGCAACCUUGGAUGUGACAAGUUGAGGGCCCAAUUCAACAUGAUCGGGUUUGCAAGAGAUAGAAGUUUCUACCCAGACUCUCAUCUGGAGUACAUGGAGAAGAAGUGUUUCCAUGAGUUAGAGAUCUGGAAUUCAGAACGUUUUAAAUUCAGAGAUUCGCCAGAAUUGUACACGAAGAACUGCAUUCCCAGGAGAGGCAUUAUCAACAUCUGCAGAGUGGCAAGGUUUAUCACAACCGUUUUCAACAUUGAUAUUCCUCGCCUACAAGUCAAGGAUCUUAACAAGAUCUUCCAUGCAUUCCAUCACGUCAAUGAAUUCUGGAUGUUUGGAGGCAACAUGGUUGGAAGUCCCUCUGAUUUUAGAAUCGACCCUUCUGUUGAGUUCAAGAUCACUGUGAUCCUACCAGGCAAAAUGAAAGACAACCACCACUGGUUGUCCGCCCUCGUUGAGUCUCCUUCAAUCAGGAAGAACCUAAGAAGCUUCAGAGAUCACCAUUCAAAGAACAAGAAAUUAGAGGAGGUUCUGGCGAAAUGGAAAACUCACAUUUAUAUUGAAAGAAGGUAAUUCAA